UUUCUUAGUUCAUGCCCCAUCUCCUAGCAUUCUACAGGCCCUACAAAACACCAUUGUCCUGCCAAAAGAUUAGGUCAGCUCUGGAUACCAGUUAACUCGUUGGCAGAGACAUACCUCCCUGUCACUAACAAAGGGGUUAGGGUUCAAUCUGAUGUGUGUGUGUGAGCGUGCUUGCGCGUGUGUGUUUUUGUGUCAAUGGGAUUGUGUACGUCAACGAUGACCUUUGCCUCUGGUUUAUCUCUUCUCUCAGAGUUCAGUCAGUCCCACUGAUUCCUAGAUUCACAUAUUGUAAACAUCAAAUAUUACAUUCUUUACUAGAUAGUGUAUGUUGCUAUCUUAAUCACAAUGAGGAGAUAGAGUUUUAGUCGAGUGAGUGUAUUAGCACAAAAAAAUGUGCUAAUGUGAGCAUUUAGACAGCUGUACUAUCUGAAAUGAGUCAAAGGUCAGAUUUUGUUGAUCCUUCACUGAUUGUGGGGAACAGUGUAGGGGACAUCUUCAUCCUAGUUUAGAGAUCAGAGGUGGAGGAAGCUUCUACAUACCUUCUUAUCCUGACUGAAUAGGAUCUCCCUGCUUAGAAAGUCAUUGCUCUCUCUCUCGUUCUCUCUCAUCUCUGAUCCUCCUAGUGUCUCUAUCUCGACUAACUGCCUAAGAUCCCAGAUCAUUGUUCCCUAGAUAAACUGUAAGUCUGUAUCUAUCCCCUUACAGCGUCUGAUUACCAACACGCCACAGACCUGGAGGUUUAUUCCAGGUCUGGGACCGGAAUAGAGACAAGGGGAGGGAGGGGCCAGGGCUGGAGGCAAGCUGGGCUGGAGGGCUGGGCGGCGGGCGGGCAUGUGCCUCUGGGUAAUCCCCCCUUAAAUAGCCCCAGGAAGGGAUCCAGGGCAGUGCAGUUAACACCGUGGGAGCGCUCUGAGCCGACACACUGUCCCACACACUCCUGGACGCGCAACACAGGAGAGGAGGGAGAGGACUUUGAGACUUAUCCAGAGUGGAUCCUGGGACUAUAGCUGAAAAAGUGGUCCAGGAUGAACUUUGCCGCCCAGUUCAUCUACGCCAACUAUAUCAGAGAUGGAUCGCCUAACAGAGUGGGAUUCAGCGAUAGUGAUGAUAAUGACCCCUUCUGGCAGAGGUGGGACUCUACAGAUUCAUCACCAAUCCCCUGCACCCCAUUAGACACAGAGGGAUUUCCCACCCGAGCCCUGGCUGUAGACGUACCCCCCCAACACCCUAAGGAACCAAAUACUCCCACUGCCGCUUCUCCUGUAGUGACUCCUGCUGUGGCUCCUACUGCACCUCAUGUUGCACCUCUUCCUGUUCUCCUUCAUCCUUGUUCUGCACCUCUUCUCUCUCCCCAAGGUCAACUAAUCCCACCGGCCACAACCUCCACUCUCCACCAUCUUCCUUCUCCUCGUGCAAGGAUAUCUACCAAGUCCUCUAGAGCGACCAGCAAACCACUUCCUCAUCAUCCAGCACUUCCUGUCCCCAAAUCUAACGGCAUCUCCGAUCCCUGUUGUUCUCCUCCUCCUCCACCUGAAACAGCACCUCCACCACCUCCACCUCGAGCUUCCCCUGCUCUCCCCAGGUCCACAGUAGUAGCCAAGGACCCCCUUAGAUGUGUCCCUGCCCCUGUGAUACCCUCUCCAGACCCGGGGAACAGAUUUCUCUUGCCAGCCUUCCACGUUCUGGUAUGCCUCCUCCUCCGCCUGGUUCUAUCCUUCAUCCUCUUCUUCCUCCCCAGCGAGGAGCAGCGUCUUGGGUCAACUAAACAGGGCUGCUCCACCUCUUCCAAGAGUACCUGCAACAAGGACGCCCCUGUUUGUAACGGGGUUGCGGGCGUGCGGCCCACCCUCAUCCACCCAGAGCGCCUGAAGGACUUUGGUAUUGAGGAGGAGGAGUGCCUCAAUGGCGAAGUCAAGACCAAGGAGACCAAGGUGGUGGGGGCCCCUGAGAUCCAGCUGAUGGACCCGCCCAAGACUAACAAGAAGAGAGGCAGCGAGAGCAAAGCAGUCACACCACCCAAGCCUGAAUACCUCCGCUUCGAUGACAUCAGUGCUGCGGCCUUCAAAAUCCAGUUGAGGAUGCAGAAGACCCCCUGCAUGUACUCCAGACUGUCCAAACAGUACGGCAUGGAGAUCUUCCUGAAGAAGGAACACCUCCACUACACAGGCUCAGUGAAGGAAAGAGGCGUUCUCUACGUGCUCACCUCCCUCAACCAGGAGCAGCAGAAGAAGGGGGUGAUUGUGGCUACAGACUGUAGCUUCUCCAUGGCCGUGGCCCACCAUGCAGUGGAGUUGAGGAUCCCAGUGUUUGUCAUCAUGCCAGCCAGCUGUGCCCAGCCCCACCUCAGGAUGUACCGUGACUACGGCGCCAUGGUAAUCUCCUACGGCAGCACGGCCAGGGACUCCCUGAACCACGCCCGCCACCUGGCCAAGGAGAACGGAUACCUCUGCCUGGAAGAGGAUGAUAGUGCUGUGUACUUGGCAGGRCUGGGCACAGUAGGCAUGGAGAUCUAUGAGCAGGUGCCCAAACUAGAUGCAGUCAUUGUGCCAGCUGGUGGGCAGUGUAGUCUACUGGUUGGCAUAGCAGCCGCCAUCAAACACCUCAACUCGCGCAUCACCGUCAUAGGAGUUGAACCAGAAGGAUUCUCGUUGCUAUUACAGUCCCUCAAAACAGGCAGCCCGGUAACUAGAGAACUAUACAGCACCCCCAACAAGAAGCUUUAUGGAGACCUAUUUGAGCACUCAAUGGGGACCCACACCUUCCAUCUGGCUAAGACAUUUGUGGAUAAAGUCAUCUCUGUCAGAGAGGAGGACUCUCUGGUAGCCAUGCUAAGGUUCCAGGAGUUUGAACACUCCAUGGUGGACACAGAGGGAGCCAUGGGACUGGCGGCCAUCUUGGCUGGUCAACUACCAGAGCUGAAGGGCAAAAGGGUAGCUGUGGUGGUCAGCAGUGCUAACAUGGAGUUGGACCUGAU